AUGGGAAAUGAUGAUUCUGCUGUAAAGAAACUUAAAGAGCAUCUGCAUUUGACUUUUCAUAUCAAAGACUUAGGAUCACCUAAGUAUUUUCUUGGAAUUGAAAUAGCUCGCUCAGAUCAGGGCAUAUCAUUGAGCCAACGGAAAUUUGUGAUGGAAAUAAUAUCAGAAGCAGGAUUAUCAGGCUGUAGGCCGUCAGUCAUCCCUAUUGAGCAAAAUGCUAAACUGACUUCUGCUGGCUAUGACACUGGUAUAUCCUUCUCUUCGGAUGAUCCGUUAUUGCAAGAUCCCUCAGGAUACCAGAGACUCGUGGGUAAACUGAUAUAUCUCACUAUGACUAGGCCAGAUAUUUGCUAUGCUGUUCAGACUCUUAGUCAGUUUAUGCACAGUCCAAAGCAGUCUCACAUGAACGCAGCCUUGAAGAUUGUGAGAUACUUAAAGACUUGUCCAGGUUUGGGAAUACUCCUUUCUCGAAAGUGUAACAUGGAGAUGACGGCCUAUUGCGAUGCAGAUUAUGCCACAUGCCCUAUGAGUAUGAGGUCUAUUACUGGUUUCUGCAUCAAAUUUGGGGAAUCACUUCUUUCAUGGAAGACAAAGAAGCAGUCUACCGUAUCUUUAUCAUCAGCUGAAGCUGAAUAUCGAUCUAUGGCUAAGACUGUCUGUGAAAUAGUCUGGUUAAGGGGCUUACUUCUGGAUCUUGGAGCUCCGGUUAAAGGACCAACUUUACUCUUCUGUGACAAUGAUUCGGCACUCAAGCUUGCAGCAAAUCCAGUGCUACAUGAGAGGACGAAGCAUAUAGAAGUUGAUUGUCCCAAAGAACCUAUGGCGUCUUAUGAUGGCCUUGUGUCUACUGUCCUAUGGGCAAUCUUUGUCAUUCAAGUAAUUGAAUUCAGUCAUUCCAACGCUUCAACCAAUGUAAGCUGUAUUGGUGCAGAGAGGGAAGCUCUCCUAAAGUUCAAGCAUGGUCUCACAGAUCCUUCAAGACGCCUGUCGUCAUGGAGUGGAGAGGAAUGUUGCAAGUGGGAAGGAGUUGAAUGCAACAAGAAAACUGGCCAUGUCUUGAAGCUUGAUCUUCAUAAUCCAUGUAUAGAAGAGAUCAAUAUUGACUUCUUCAUACCUUCAGAUAAGUGCAUGCUAGGAGGUAACAUAGUUCCUUCUUUAACUAAAGUGAAGUCUCUGAAAUAUCUAGACCUCAGUGCCAACAACUUUUCAACCCAAAAAAUCCCAACGUUCUUUGCUUCUCUUCAGAAAUUGGAGUAUCUAAACCUCUCACAUGCAAGCUUCAAUGGAGAUAUUCCUAAGCAGCUCAAUAACCUUUCCAAAUUACAGUACUUGGACUUCUCCAAUCAGGGUUAUUUAACCUUGAACAACUUUGAUUGGGUGUCGAAAUUAUCUUCCUUAAAAUAUUUGCACAUGUCCAAUGUUGACCUUUCUAAGGUCAAAGAUUGGUUUGGUUCCAUUAACAUGCUACCAUCUUUGCAAUCUUUAGGAUUAAGCGAUUGUGGAUUGCAAGAUAUAUCUAGCUCUUUGCAAGCCAAUUUCACAUCUCUUAGAUUUCUCAGCAUCGGGUCCAAUAAUCUAAGUUCUAUUCCCCCAUGGAUCUAUAACUUUAGCAAACUAGAACAUAUUGAUUUGUCCAACAGCUAUGGGUACUACAAUUUUUUCAGUGGUAUCAAAGGCCGUUUUCCCAUGACAAUCAUCGAGAAUAAUCAAAGGCUUGUCUUCUUUGAUCUGUCUGAGAAUUGGCUACAUGGUGAUUUUCCCAAAAAUUUGAGCAGUCUUUGCAAAUUGCAAGUGGUAAUAUUAUCCUUCAACUUCUUCAAUGGGAAUAUCUCCGACAUUUUAGGCAAUUCACUUGAUUGCAUACAAAGUAAGUGGAAGAUCUUCGAUGUUUCUUCCAAUAAUUUUAGCAGCGGCCUGCCAAAUCAAUUCAGAGAUUUCAAAGAAUUAGAGUGCCUUGAUCUUUCAUCGAACUUGAUUUCUGGUUCUAUUCCUGCCAAUUUGGUGGAGCUAUCAUCUCUAAAAGAGUUGUUUCUAUAUGAUAACAAAUUGAAUGGGACUAUUUCAGAGAGCAUUGGGCGAUUAUUUAAUCUAAAGACGCUUGAUCUGGGGUAUAAUUUAUUGUAUGGAGUUGUUGGCGAACUUCACUUUGAAAAUCUCAAAAGCUUGACCGAGUUAGACAUUUCUUCCAAUAAGCUCAUAUUAAAUAUGAGCUCUGCCUGGGUUCCACCAUUCCAAAUUCGCCAGAUAGAUUUGUCAGAUUGCAAAGUAGGACCUGAAUUUCCAAAAUGGCUUCAAACACAGCGGAACAUUACCGAGUUGUGGAUGUCAAAUGCGAGCAUCUCAGGUGACAUUUGUGAUUGGCUCUACGACAUUUUCUCUAACAUUGAAGUUUUAGAUAUUUCAAGCAACAUGCUUAGAGGCCAAGUUCCCCAAGACAUCGGAGACAAGAUGCCACAGUUAACAGAACUGAGGCUUGAGGGUAAUAAUCUCACUGGUGGCAUUCCAAAUUCUUUGUGUAAGUUAAAUCGGCUGUAUGGAAUUAGUCUGUCAAAGAAUCAAUUGUCGGGGAAACUUCCUCGAUGUUGGGGAGCAUCGCAAGAGUUGGCAUAUUUGUUUUUUGGGGAUAACAAGUUAAAUGGCCAGAUUCCAAAAUCCUUGUGCCAUCUUCGGUCAUUGUCCGCUCUUAGCCUACACAGGAAUGCCUUUACUGGAGGAAUCCCAAACUGUUUGUCAAAUCUGCCGACAAUGAUUGUCCUUGAUCUCAGCGACAAUGAAUUCACAGGUAGGUUACCGCUAUUUAGGCCACAGUCUCCAUUUUUGUCAGUGAUCAAUUUAGAGAAAAAUCGCUUUGUUGGGGGCAUUCCUUCCCAAUAUUGCCAACUUAAAUAUCUCCAAUUCUUGAGCCUAGCACAGAAUUACAUUUCUGGACCCAUUCCCAAUUGUUUUGACAGGAUCUUGUCUAUGGUUAAUGCGGGUGAGAGACAUUUUUUUAUGUAUGGUGUCGAUGUUAUGGUUAACACAAAGGGGACUAGCCAAAUCUUUGGGAUUACGCUUCGAUACUUCCACUCAAUCGAUCUUUCAGCAAACAUGUUGGAUGGGCAAAUACCAAAAGAGUUCACUAAGCUCGUUAGACUUCAAAAUCUGAACCUCUCUCAGAAUAAGUUGAGUGGAUCUAUUCCCUCAAAUAUUGGUGACCUGAAAAACUUAGAGUCUCUUGAUCUUUCCAGAAACAAAUUGUCAGGUACCAUCCCUCCAGGCAUAUCCAGCAUGGACUUCCUUAGUCAUCUCAAUCUGUCCUUCAAUAGACUCUCUGGCCCUAUUCCGUUUGGCAACCAUCUGCGCACUGUGGACGAUGAAUCCGUUUAUCGCGGCAAUGACAGGCUCUGUGGAGCUCCUCUUCUGAAUACUUGUCCUGGAGAUGAGCCACCCGGUAGUGAUGGGCACGACGGUGAUAAUUCCGGUGGAGAUAAACCUAGCGAAGGUGAUUUGGAUAUCCGCAAUUGGUUCUAUGCGGGAUUGGGACCUGGCUUUAUGGUGGGAUUUCUAGGAUUUUGUAGCGUCCUGCACUUCAAGGGAUCUUGGAGGGUCUCUUACUUCCAAGCGAUGGAUAAGGCCAUUGAGAAAUUUUCAAUGACAACAAUGAUCACCAUGCUUUGGUUCAAGAGAACAUUCCCACAACGUAGAAAGGAGCUUGUUUAG